CUAUUGGAGUAUAGAUUUUUGGUAGAAAAGCAGGGAAACCAGCGUUAUUUUAAUGUAGAAAAGCAAGCUCAUCAAAACCGGCUCUUACUUUGAAAACAACUCAAAAGUAAGCAGAUUAUUAUAACAUCGUCAUUAACACCAACAAAGGAAACAAACAUGAUACAAACCAGACUCAUGAACAUAAAACAUAAACAUAUAUGCAAGCAUAAUAUAUGGAGAUAUUUAAACAAGUCUUUGACCAAUAUGUCACUUGAUUAGAAGAAGUGAUGCUUUUUCUUCCCCUCGGCUUCCUCUUCAUCUUCCUUAACCUCCUUCUUCUCGUGGUGCUCAUGGAAAGCAUACCCGCCGGAAGUCACCCCCACGACUGCUGCGAUCUCCUCUUCUACCUUGUGCCUGUGUGCGUGCUCCGGAUGCUUCUUUGUCUCAUGCUUCUCAUAC